UUUUGUCCACUUGUCCCUCUCCGGCCUUCCGAACUCUGUUUCUAGAUCCCAUCUUAGCAUUUCUUCCCACCCUUCUCUUCUUCUACGAUAGGCCCUUCAAUCCCACGCCCAUUCACUUUUCCUUUCGAUCGAUCAGCCUCGUUGACCGAGAGAUCUUUUCAGACUUUCCCACCUGACCAACGCCUUCUCCUACACACGCAUCGUGUUCCCCAGUCACAAGGUCUCCACAUCUCUGGUCUCGCCUUCGUGGCGGCACUCCUCUCGAUCUAGCCAGCUCUCCGACCGGCGGCGUCCCCAUAAUUGUCGAUUUUUUUUUUAGUCGUCUUGCCCCGCCCACCACCGGUGGGAUCCCCGCCCCCCUGUGCUGUGAUCUUUAACCUCGCAGGACUAGCAGGCUCGACAGGCCCACGCACACCUCCAGGAUCAUCGAAUUGUGGAAGCCGCAGUGGCUGCAUUUUUCUGCUAUACCACCUGCCAGCCCAGUCUCUCUUAAAAGGCUGUCUCCUCCUCCUCCAUCUCACAUCAUCUUGCGUCCUCUUUCUCGAGCUCUGCAAGGAAACACAACAAUUCCUGUGCGGCCUCCAUCGCCCUCGUUCUCCCGCACUUUGUGAGGCUUUUCAGUAAGCCCUUCACACACAUACACACACAAACAUCCUCUCUAUACCACAUCUCCUUAUACACAUUGCAGAGAUGUCGCAGUAUCUCGAGCACGAACGACACCACCCGCCGUCGGUCGGCCAGAUCCCCGUGCCUCACGGCCCGGCGACCGGCGACGAGACAUAUCAAUUCCCAACACACCAUGGCUUGACUUCCCAGGAGGAGCGCGAGAUCUUCGGCUACCUCACCCACCCAGAUGACUCCUAUACCCCGGAGGGUGUCUACUGGGCCGACUUGCCGUGGAAGCAGCGCAUCUCUUUCGUCCACCAGGUCGAUAGCGCGGAGGCCAAAAAGGAGCUGUCCACAAUUGGCCGCAUGUUCAAGAAGGAUCCCCUGAGCCCCCUCAGCUGGUACUGGCACAAUGCGAUCCUGCCUGGUGCUGGUCUCGGUCUUGAGGGCUACGUCCUGUUCUCCAUCGGAAACCUGAGCUCAUAUUUCGCCAAGACGGACAAUUGGAAGGAAUGCUGGGGCACUAAGACCGUUGAUGGAGAGUGCAACAUCAAUUGGAUUGCUGCCGUCACAUACCUGGAGAUCAUCGGUAUUAUGUGCGGCCAGGUCGCUGUUGGUCUUAUCGGUGACUGGGUUGGUCGUCGAUGGGGUCUGAUCCAGGAUGCUCUCAUCAUGGUCCUCGGUCUCAUCAUGCUGACUGCGUCUUGGGGCACCAGCCUGGAGGGCUGGGUAAUCUGCUAUGCCUGGUCGCUGUUCAUCUACUCUUUCGGUGUCGGCGGUGAGUACCCUAUGACCGCCACGUCGUCCAUGGAGAACGCGGUGGGAGCUGGCAAGGUCUCGACUCGCGAGGAUCGUCUGCACCGUGGCCGCAAGGUCACCUCCGCCUUCCUGAUGCAGGGCUGGGGUCAGCUUGCCAACCAGGCGCUGCUGAUCGUCCUGCUGCUCAUCUUCCACCACGGUGACGGCAGCCCACCAUACGGCACCGAGAGCACCCAGGUCGUCUUCCGCCUGUCGUUCGCUAUCCCUGCCGUGGGCACCCUGUGGCUUGCCUACUAUCGUGCCUACAAGAUGCCUUAUGCCUCCCGCCAGCUGCAGAUCGCCAAGAAGAAGGCCAACGUGACGGGUUACGACAUCAACUCGCUGCGCCUGACGUUCAAGUACUUUGGCGGCCGCAUCAUCGCCACUGCUGGCGCCUGGUUUUGCAACGAUGUCUUUUUCUACGGCAACAAGCUGUUCCAGUCCUCCUUCAUCGAGGUCGUGACCGACAACUCGAGUUCGAUCAUGACCACUUGGGUGUGGAACCUUUACAACAUCAUCGUGGCGCUGGCGGGCUACUACCUGGCCUCGCUGCUGAUCGACAACAAGUUGUACGGCCGCAAGACCAUGCAGCAGGUCGGCUUCCUGGCGUGCUUCCUGUGCUUCGUCAUCCCCGCCUUCAAGUACAAGUACUACUCUUCUACCGACGGUAUCCACUCGUUCCAGGCCAUGUACUAUCUGUCGUCCUUCUUCAACCAGUUCGGCCCCAACGCCGUUACCUUCCUCGUCGCUGGCGAGGUCUUCCCGACGCCGGUCCGCGCCUCUGCCCACGGGUUUUCUGCCUGUGUCGGCAAGGCUGGUGCUCUGCUGGCUGCCAUUCUCUACAACUACAUCGACACGCAGAUGCGCUUUUACGUCGUGCCAUGGUUUGGUCUGGCGGGCAUGCUGGUCACCUAUCUGUGGCUCCCCGACACGACCGGUCUCGACCUCAAGGAGCAGGAGCGCCGGUGGCAGUACAUUCUCGCCGGGAAGGAGGAUCAGUACCAUGGCAUCGCAGUGCACCCUAAGCAUCUGAGUCUGUGGGAGCGCAUGCGCGGCGUCGGUAAGCACUACAACCCGGAGCUUGACCUCCAGCAGAAGGUCACGGACCUGCGCAAGGACUGGGAGUUGCAGGAGGCGGAGAGGCGGGAGAAGGAGGUCAAGGGCGAGCCCGCGAUCAUGGACAACGACUUCAGCCAGGAGGCGCACGACUACUUCCAGCGCACGAGCUCUAACACGGCGUCGGGCGGUGUGUUGGGCGGCGAGAAGCUGAGGGCGGAGAGUGCUGAUGACAGCAACGGCCCUGAUGAAAAGACUGAGGAGAAGCCUACUGCAUAGAUGAUGGAUAAGAGAUGAGGAGCGACAUCCAUCAGAUCAGAAAAGAAGGGUAUGAGGAAGUCAGUUUUGCUUUCACUUUUGAUCACUUUUUUCUUGACUGUAUAGACAGCGGCGCGAUACCUGGUUGUUCUUCUUGUUGCACACUCACAGCUUAUGAAAAAGCACAUUGUACCCUCAUACCCGCAGCUUAUGCUAGAGACAUGACUGCACAGAUUUCUGUUUGAAUAAUACGCUUUAAUGAUAAAAAUGGCCAUGUGUAACAUCA